CUGCCUCACGGUCCGGUGGGCUAAAAACACCCCCGUGCCCGGGCUGUCAGGCUGCCAGGCUGUCAGGGGGGGGAAGAGGAAGAGGAAGAGGGGGCUGCUGGGAAAAAGAAGUAGUGCCGGCUGCAGAGGACAGGGAAGAAUGGGAGCUUCUUAUGGAAAGAAGAAGGCGUACAGCAUCGACCACGAGCCUCCAGCGAAGCAGCACUGUGUGAAGAAAGGGAAGCACCCAAGCGGCAGAGCCUCGGCAUAUGCAGACCUGCAGCAGCACCGGUCUGAGGGCGGCGUCCACAGGAAGGCGUCCCCGGCGUCCUGCUCCGUCCCGCAGCCAGACUACCUGCAGGGAGACGAGGACGAUGACAUCAUCAAACCCAAAAAACUGGUGAACCCGGUGAAAGCUUCCAAGAGUCACCAGGAGCUGCACCGGGAGCUGAUGACCAGCUACAAACGAGGCGGUACGAGCGUGGAGAUGAAGCCGGAGCUGCAGAGAGUUCUGGAGUCGAGGAAAAGAGAUCAGCUGAUCAAACAGAGGAAACAGGAAGAGGAAGCUCGCAGGAAGAUUUCUCCUCUGGAGGCCGAGCUGCAGAAGAGACACCAGAAACUGGACGAGAUGGACAAAGAGCAGCAGAAACAGCGGGAGGAAAACCUGAAAGCUCCGGAGUUUGUCAAAGUGAAGAAGAACCUUCGCCGGACGUCGUUUCCUAAAGAGGAGAAGGAGGUGUAGAGAGGAGACGAGGUCACACUCUGAGGACACUUCAGAGGAAACACCUGCAGGACAUUAUGGGAUGGAUUCCCUGACUCUGGACUACUUCCUGCGUAACUGCACAAUCUAAAAUUAAAUGAAAAAGGUAGUUAUUUAAAACUCAUUUAAAGUGAAUCAAAGCUCCAGAAAGAUGAUGUGUUUCCACUCUGAGACAACUGUGACGUGUCUCAGGAGACUCAUUCAGAGGAAACACACCAGCGGGAUAUUAUGGGAUGGAUUACCUGCAUG